CAGUUUAGAAUAGACGUGAAGAGGAGAGAUCAAUUUGGUUACUGCUUACAAACUCGGAAAACCCAUUUCCACUGAGCUGAAACUCAGAAGUCAGAACACCAUUGACCGUUGUAUGCUGUAGGGAAAAGCUCAAAUGCAAUUACCAAACUGAAGGGCAUUACCAGACAGAAACAGCCUUGUUAUUUCCACUGAACUGAAAUUUUGUCUGUCUCAAUAUUCUAAACCAAUGAAUCGUGAACAAAAACGACGGAGAUUCAAUGAAGCCCUUGUCAACAUGCUUUAUCCGCAACCUCCACCUUCUCCGCCACCAGAAGAGGAGGAGGAAAAGCCAGUGAAGCUAUUAGAAGAAGAGUUUGAUGUGGAUCUUACUUCAGAUGAUUUGGAAAAGAGUAGUUGCUCUGCAAGUGAUGAUAAUGAUGACAACGAGUCUGGGACGCAGAAGCUGACAAGGGCACAGAGGAAGAGGCUUCGCAAGAAGAAGCUCAAGGAGGACGCUUCUCGCCGCGGGAAAAUGAUUGGGCCGUUGUUACCUUCAACAAAGGAAGUUGGUGAUGAUGAUUGUACAGGUGGUGUUCGACAAAAUGCCGCUGUGAAUGUUGAUGCUGCAAGUGAUGAGUCAGCAGAGCAACCAGCUUGUGCUAACCAGAAGAAACGAAAGCACAGAAGGAUGGCUAAAAGGCUUGCAAAGGAAAGGUGCAAAAUAGCUGAUGUGGAGCAUUGCGAUCCAAAAUAAUCACCCUUCUGCAAAAGAUUGGGGAUUUUACUUGAAAACAUGUGCUCGAUGUUGAAUUUUCUCCUUUGAAGUGUUGGAGCUGAAGAUUCCUAGCUAGUGUCUCAAAGCAGAUUCUUAUUGUAUAUGAUCCGAUAAGUGGAUUCAUUACACAUGUUGGAAUCGCCGAUGAUGUAGAAAUACGUUAGAUUAGAUCCAUUGGAAAUAGCAUCAGGAUGAAUCUAGUACUGAUCCUGAUUGAAAGGUUGAAAAGGAAAUCCUAGUGUGGGACUCUGUCAAUUGCCCUUGUGGAUCGCAGCAUCAUUUGAUGUAAAAUGGAGAGAGAUUAUACAGUAAAAUUAGGAAUUAGAGUUAUCAUAUUUGGAGAGACUGGAAUGAAAGAAAUCAUGAUGGGAAAGUCAAAGAUGUAUAGCAGAUUAUUAAGUCUAUUAAAGGUGAUGUAAGGGGCAGAAUAGUUAACGGAGUCAAGAUGAAGAACUCAAUCUUGAAGAGUAACUUAUACUGCAUUUGGAGACUGCAAUGCCCUGUUUUCAAAAUUUGAGUCCUCACUCACACUGUUGCUAUUCUGUUUGUAGUUUGUUGUGUAAUCUGUACUUUCAAUCUUUGAAAUGCCUUUUUUUUUACACCUGAACUGAUGAAAAGUAUUUAUCAGGAGAGGGUUAUGAAUCAA